UUCUGUGUGACUCCCUAGAGAGGCUGUAGCUGGCCUCAGAGAACUCAAGGUGUCGUGUGUGGCCCUUCCUAGUUUUGAACCAGCGGUAUUUGGAGACACUUGCCAUGCUUGAUAUCAAACAGCAGAAGGUGGCUCUGGAGAACAUGGCUCAGGAGGACAGUGCCUUUACAGAGGUAUCCGGACUCGAGCUUGCAGUUCUUGGAGCCUGCCUGUGUCGCGGUCCUGGAGGGAACCCCUGUUCUUGUGCCAAAAUGGCAGCUUCCACUCGGAAACUGGUUCUUAAGCUCAGACAUGAGCUGGAAAUUCUGCAGAAAAGUAAGGAAGAGGCUCAUAUAAUGGCAGAUGCAUUCAGAAUUGCUUUUGAACAACAGUUAACGAGGAGAAACGACCAGGCGCUGAGACUGGCACAUGCGGAUAAGUGUAGAGGAGCAGCAGCGUGGACCAACAGGCAGCACCUGAAAGACGAGGGUAACUACGGAGAAGGGGGUGUUAGCUGCUUUGGGAUAUGGUCCAAGUCGGCACAGGAAAGAGGUAUAACUGGAGCUUUUCAUGUAGCUGCUAUUCAUUUUAAACUUAGCAAGUGUCAGGGCUAA